CGCUCGGCCGCCGUCCGGCCCGGCCGCGACCCCCCCGCCCCGUUAUUUCCGGCGGCUCCGAGCCCCGCCCGCGGCCGGUCCCAGCGCGGAGCGAUAACGGAGCGGCCCCGGCUCGGCUGGGGGGGCGUCCGGGGGCGCCGUGUCGCGUCGUGUCGCACCGUGUCGUGUCGCACCGUGUCGCGACAGCUGCACUGAGCGCGCAGCCGCCGCCGCGGGAGCCGCCGAGUCCCGGCCCCGGGGAGCGCCGUCCGCUGCCGGGACGGAGAUGGACCAGUCGGUCGCCAUCCAGGAGAGCCUGGCGGGGGGCGAGACAUGCCGGAUCUUUGUAAUCCCUGGUGACACUUGCCCUGUGUCACGUGGCAUUGCUGGCAGGGCUGUUCAAGGUUCAGAGCACCCGUGUCCCACCGGGCCCCAGCCACGGCCCCUGCCUGGCAGGUUUGCUCUGCUGGCUCUGUUCCUGCCAGGAGUGUUUGGGGCUGGAGGAACUUGCUGAGCUCCCUGACCUCAAAGUAUCAGCACAAUCUGCAAAUCUGUUACUUAGCUUUCAACUGAACUUUGUUUUACUUUUGCAGUUGUACUUGACAGUGACCGUCACAUCAUUGGUGAGUUCUGUGCUUGUUUUUAGUGCCUGUGUUACAGGCACUCUGGGCCCUGUGCCAGCUGCAAACAGUGAGGCAGGACUGGGGGCUCUUGUCCUGGGGGGGCUUGCCAGGGUGGGGAUUCAUGUCCUGCUCCUCUUGGGGCACUUGCCGUGCUGUUGGCCACGGUUACUUAGUGCUAACAAGCAUUGUCAGCCCCAUUCAACCAAGGGAAUGAUUUUUCCAAACGCUUUUAAACUGCUGCUGGAAGAUUAAUUAUUGUCACUGAACGAGCAGAAUAAAAAUUAUUAUAAAUGGUCGUCUUUAUAUUUUUAAAUGGCAUUCUCAUGUAAAAUGUUGGAAAGGAACAUGUUAAGGCAUCAUGGGGAGAUGUUGCCGAAGGCUGCAUGCACGUGUGCAUCCACCAGUGUAGAGUGGAGAAACGCUCGGUUUCUGAAGGCUUGGCAGCACGACCCACAGGAGCUCUUUCUCCUGAUGUCCUCAGGCUCUGACGUGACUGUCCAGAUGAGCUCAGCAGAGGACCGGCUGACCGUGCGGCUGCCCUUCGGCUCCCACACGCGCACGUUCCUGCAGGAGCUCAGCAGGUGCAGCCCAGAAGUGGUUGGCUCUGAAGGUAUCAAACAGAAUGGAAAAAAGGCUGCAUUCAGUGAGAGCUGCAGCCACACCACCACUGACAGAAGCUCUCCCAGGCAAAAUAAACUCAAGCCUGAAGUGAGAACUGAACAAGUCCGGCCUUCCCACCUCAUGGCUUCGAACAAGGCCUCGAUCAUAUCAGAACCAAAGUUUGGACUAAGAGAUACUAUUGUUAAAUCUCAGCUUGCACAAAUGGAGGAUUCCUACACGCACAUCCAGAACUACAGGGUUUUUGUCGGGACAUACAACGUGAAUGGUCAGUCGCCCACGGAGAGCCUCCAGCCCUGGCUGAGCUGUGAUGCUGAGCCUCCAGACAUUUACUGCGUGGGUUUCCAGGAGCUUGAUCUGACUAAAGAAGCCUUCUUUUUCAAUGACACACCGAAGGAAGAAGAAUGGUUUAAAGCUGUAACUGAUAGUCUUCACCCAGAUGCCAAAUAUGCAAAGGUGAAGCUUGUGCGGCUGGUGGGAAUUAUGCUCCUCUUGUACGUGAAGGCAGACCUUGCUUUGAACAUCUCUGAGGUGGAAAUUGAGACUGUGGGAACUGGAAUCAUGGGGAGGAUGGGUAACAAAGGUGGUGUUGCCAUCAGGUUUAAGUUCCAUAACACCAGCGUGUGCAUUGUGAAUUCUCACCUCGCAGCUCACACGGAGGAAUAUGAGCGGAGGAACCAGGACUUCAAAGACAUCUGCUCUCGAAUGCAGUUUUGCCAGUCAGACCCAAAUCUGCCCCCUCUCACUAUUGGCAAACACGAUGUGAUCCUGUGGCUGGGGGACCUCAACUAUCGGCUGGAGGAACUGGAUGUGGCACAAGUGAAGCAGCUCAUAGAGGAGAAAGCAUUUCCAGAGCUUUGCCAGUAUGACCAGCUGAAGAGGCAAAUGAAGGCAAAUGCAGCCUUUGAAGGCUUCACAGAGGGAGAGAUCUCUUUCCAGCCAACAUACAAGUAUGAUGCUGGCUGUGAUGACUGGGACACAAGUGAGAAGUGUCGUGUUCCAGCGUGGUGUGAUCGCAUCCUCUGGAAAGGGCAGAACGUUGCCCAGCUGAGCUAUCGCAGCCACAUGGCCCUGAAGCUCAGUGACCACAAGCCAGUCAGCUCCGUGUUCGAUAUUGGGGUGAAGGUUGUGAAUGAGGAGCUCUAUCGAAAAGCCUUUGAGGAAAUAGUCCGCUCCCUGGAUAAGCUGGAGAACGCCAACAUUCCCUCGGUGACGCUGUCCCGCAGAGAGAUCCAUUUUGAGGAUGUGAAAUACAUGCAGCUGCAGGUAGAGAGGUUUACAAUCCACAAUGGCCAAGUGCCCUGCCAGUUCGAAUUCAUCAGCAAACCAGAUGAGGAAACCUACUGCAAGGAGUGGCUGAUUGCUAAUCCCAGUAAGGGCUUCCUGCUUUCAGAUGCUGAGAUCACAGUUGAGCUGGAAGUGUUUGUUAAUAAAUCAACGGCUACUUGCUUAAACUCUGGAGAGGAAAAACUUGAAGAUAUCUUGGUCUUACAUCUUAACAGGGGGAAGGAUUAUUUUCUGUCUGUAACAGGCAAUUAUUUGCCAAGUUGCUUUGGGUCUCCCAUCCAUACUCUGUGUUACAUGAGGGAACCGAUCCAGGACAUGUCAGCAGAAUCCAUUCGGAGACUUACCCUGAUGCCACUAGAGAAGAGUGAUGAUCCUGAUCCCGCUCAAGCUGAAAAGCCUAUGGACAUCCCAAAAGAGCUGUGGAUGAUGGUGGAUCAUUUGUAUCGCAAUGCUUCCCAACAGGAGGACCUGUUUCAGCAGCCAGGCCUCAGAUCCGAGUUUGAGCAGAUCCGAGACUGUUUGGACAAGGGAAUGCACGAUACCUUCUUGGGCAGCAACCACUCAGUGGCAGAAGCCCUGCUGCUGUUCCUGGAGAGCCUGCCUGAGCCAGUCAUCUGCUCCAGGUUCUACAGCACCUGCCUGGAGAGUGCCAGCAGCUACUGGCUGAGCAGCCAGAUUAUCUCUAGCCUGCCAGUGUGCCAUAAAAAUGUAUUUGAAUAUCUGAUGGCAUUUCUACGAGAACUACUGAAAAAUUCGGGGAAAAACCACCUGGAUGUAAAUAUUCUUGCCAGUGUGUUUGGGGGCCUGUUACUGCGCCCUCCCCCCGGACAUCCCACCCCUGACAUAGCCGAGAAGAGGAAAGCCCAGCAGUUCAUCCGCCAGUUCCUCGAGAGAGAAGACAAUUCACCGUGAAUUCCAGAUGCAGCCAAUCUGGAUUUUUAGAUAUCGAAUUACUGUAAAAAUAUUUUUUGUACAUUAUACCUGCUUUUUUUGUUUUUUGGAUAUCACAGUAUUUUAUACAAUCUGUUGCUUUUGAAGGCACAGGUCAGGCUGUUUGACACCUGAUUAUGCUGUAAAGUAUAUAAAAUUUUUAAAUAAGCUGUAUGUAGACAAGCAAAAAAUAUAAAAGCUGAUAUUUACACUGUAUUUUAUUUAACUUGUUUGAAACCUUGGGAUUUUUAAGCCCUCGCUAUUUAAAUAAAACGCUCUGGAGCCGUU